CGCCAAACACACAACUCCUCCUCAUUUCAUCGUCUUCUUAAUUAAGGUACUUGCCAUACCAUCGUUGUUGGCAUUAUUGAAUUGUAAUUACAUUGUACACUGCCUAAUACUCUCUGCCUUUUUUUUCUUCCUUGUCUAUCGUCACGCGCAGAGAUCCCCUCCUCUACGUCGGACUUUGUCGUCGUUGGAGGCUUUCUCUUUUUUUCUUUUUUUUCUUCUUCUUAUUCUUCUCUUGGCUCGGUCGUUGGGAUGUGAGGCCGAAUUAACAGCCUUGCGCAUUGCCUCUCACGCGAUAACCCAAGUUUAUCAACAUGACCUCCAUGGACGUCAAGACACAAGUCUCCGAGCCCGAUCCUCCGGGAGAGAAUCACCCUGAAGAAACCGAGAUAUCCCUUCCCAAGGGCACAACUACAAACACCAAGACCAGCGACACGAAUCCCUCCCUUCCGUCCUCCGCUCCAUCCACAACAUGCGCCCUCUCAUCAUCCAUCCCGUCAUCAUCCUCACCUUCCCCUUCGCCGUCGGAAGAUGACCUUCUCUCCAAACUAUUCAAAUUCCUCUCCACCGCUACCCCCAAACAGCUUGUCGGAGUAGGCGUCGGCCUGGCUGCCGCUACCUAUGUGAUUCUCGGCAAGCUGGGCCUCAUUCUCAUGGGCGCCUUUGGAGGCGUCGUCCUUUUUAUCUCCUACGAGGCUCGCCACCCCGAAGUCUCCCAGACCAUUCGCGGCGAAAGUGCCAUUGACGUCCUUCGCCGUCUGGGUCUCGACAAAGCCUCCGACCCAUCCAAGGAGAAUGAUGCACAGCAAGACGAACGCCUGAUCCAUUCGUUUGACGAUUUCAGACCAGAGACGCGAGACGCACUGGUCGGUCUCGUCGACGCCAUCAUCCGUGACUAUGUCAAGUGGUGGUACUCUCCACUCCUCCCUUCCGACUCGUCCUUCCCCCUGGCCUGUCGCAGGGCACUCAACUCCUUCCUCCUCUCCGUGUCCAACGCCCUCUGCCGCAAGCGGCCCGCCGACGCCUUUCUCGACUUACUCACAAACGCUUCCUCCAUCGUCAUCGUAUUCCUCUCCGAACUGUCCGCAGCUUAUGCCGACGUCCCCGCCGAUGUCAACCUCUCCGCCCCCGAUGCCGUCUACAGCUACCUCGCCGAUAACCCCGAUUCGAGUCUGGCCAACCUUCUGAAUCUCUCUCAACAAGCCACCAAGCUCCGCAUGGUUGCCGAAGAUCUGCUGCAAUACCUCGACCGCUCCUCAAGCAACUGCGACCCCGCCCGGGUCUUCCUGCGCGAGAUCCUCGCCGGCGUCGUCCUAGAGUCGUCCCUCCGGAAUUGCUCCAGACCGGAGUGGAUCAAUGGCUGGAUCGUACAUCUGCUCGAGGCCGGUGAGCCCGAUUUCAGCCAAGCCAUAGACGAAGGAAUGCAGACUGGGCCAGAAGCCGGCGCCGCAUCCGCCAUCAACCACAGUGCGUUUGUGGACAUUGAUGGCAAUGUCGGCAACAUUUCCCUCGUCAAGGGCAAUCGCAACUCGUUCGACCUCGAAAGAGCACGCCGGAAAGAUGCCCUGAGCCAUAAAAAGAAGCUCAGCAAGGCCGACGAGGAGAUGGAGCACGCAGUGGAAGAGAUGAGGCGCAUGAACGCCAUGAUUGCCCAGGCGGAACGUCGGUCAUCCAAGGAAGACGCUUCUCGGGGGACGGCGGGAGAAAGCACACCACCAAUCAAGGAAAGCAUGGAGGAAAAGUCAGCCACUGGUUUGCCCCGCCACUCGGAGGAGGAGGAGGACGACGAGGCCAACCACAAGCCGGCGUCUACGUCAGGUAACGUGUCGCCUCGGUCCCGAGGCUCCUUGGAGAAACCGUCGAUGGACGGAUCCAGCAAGCGCGGGAGCCUACAAUCCCCGAUCACGCCGGUGUCGUCCGCCGCCGACUCGCAGAGCCGAAAUUCGUCGCCGAAGCAGUCCAUCCACCGCAACAGCAUGACAAAUAACUUCACCAACUUCGACCAGAUCGUGCCCCCCGCAAAAGAGGAGCCAGAGGAGGCUCCAGGCGAAGGGCCCCGCAAACCCCUCCUUACGCUACACAACGCGACCAUCACCAUUUACGACGACGCGGCGAACGAGAACGAGAAGGCGCGCAUCAAGAGCAAGCCCUGGUGGGAUUAUCUGGUCCAGAUCGAACCGGCCUCUUCGCACCACCCCGGGUGGAUGAUUGUCCGCAAGUACGCCGACUUUGAGACGCUUCAUGAGAUCCUCAGGCGCAUCGCCGCCAUCUCCGGCGCCACGGCUUUCGCGGAACAACACGGCAAACUGCCCGACUGGAAGAUGCACACGAGGGAGUCCCUGCGGGGCGAACUCGAGCGGUACGUGCGAGACGCCUGCUGGUACCAGCCGUUGGCCGAGAGCGAGGGCAUGAAGCGCUUCUUGGACAAGGACGCGGGAUACUCUCGGGGUCGCGAGGAACCGAAGGGGGUUCUUGGCUGGGACAUUGUCGGCAAGAACAUGGUCGACGUCCUGGCCAUGGGGUCCAAGGGUGCCGUGGAAGGCGGCAAGGCGGUGUUUGGCGGGGUCACGGGUGUAUUCAACAACAUUGGUCUCGGGCCUCGGCGGCAGACGGCUUCCUCCCCGAGCGAAAUCCAGACGCAACAGCCGAGCCGGUCGUCCAUGUCGCUGAAUGCGCCUCCAAGAAUGGUGGAGAGGGACGGCUCCAUCUCACCUAACCUGAGCAGCGGCCCGGUCUUCUCGCCGCCGGGCGUGGGAGCCCGUAAACCGCGCGAUAGUCUCGACAGCCAGCGGUCCUCGGUCGUGUCGGUGCAGCCGGGCAAGAUGGCGCCUAUGGAGCGGCGGCCGAGCUACGACGCGCGCGGCGAGCGCGAACCGGAACCUGACGGCCUGAAGCCCCGGCUGGACCGGUGGGAUAGGGGCCCGCCCAGCGGCCGCGCGAGCCGGGAACACAGUAGGGCGUCGAGCCUGGCGGCGCUGCGAUCCCCGCUGCGGUCGCCUUCGACCCUGAGCUUGGACGGCUUGAGGGCCUUCACGCCCACGGAAGAGACGCACGGGUUCGAGGAGGAGUCGGGCCACCAGGGCGACGCGGCGAACAAAAAGCCGGGGGUCCUGUCGCGGGAAAACUCGUCGGCUAGCAUCUCGUCCCCUCUUGCCCAGUGCCAUACAUUCCCCGCGCACUCGAAGCCUGGUGCCAAUACCAAUACCAACACCAACACCAACAUCAAUACCAACAUCAAUACGAACACCAACACGAAACCUAACGACAGCACGGCAACGACGACCAGACCGACCCGGCAGUCGCAGUGGCAGUACGCACAGCUCUCGGAGCAAGAAACACGGGUGGCGGUGGAGCUCGUGUUCGCCGUAAUCAACGAGAUGUACACGCUCUCGUCGGCGUGGAACAUCCGACGCACGCUGCUGGCGGCGGCCAAGUCGUUCCUCCUCCGGCCGGGCAACCCGUCGCUGGUGUCGAUCCAGCGGAUGAUGCAAAGUUCGGUCCUGGACGGCAACACGAGCGACAGCGGGAUCGCGCACCACCUGCGCAAGCUGCGGGAGAACGCGAUGCCGACGGAGGAGGAGAAGGCGGGCUGGCCGGUCGAGAUGUCGGCGGAGGAGAAGGAGAAGCUGCGGGUCAAGGCGCGCAGGAUGCUUAUUGAGCGUGGCGUGCCGGCGGCGCUUUCGGGGGUGAUGGGGCAGGCGGCGACGACGGACGCGUUGGGGCGCAUCUUUGACUGUUUGCAGAUUGAGGAGGUGGCAAGGGGUUUGAUGUUUGGCAUCAUGCUGCAGGUCGUACGGGUUGUGACGCACUAAAGGGGGGUGUCUUUGGGCUGGGGCCCGGAAAUUCCUACGACACACGAGACGAGAUGAGGACAUGCACAGGAUGGCGGGAUAUGAUGCCAUGCGCCCCAUCUGGGCACGAUAUGAUUUUUUUUCUUCUCCUUUGGCAUUGUACACUUCACCGUUAGUGUACAUUAGCAUAGGCAUACAUAUGUAUACACACACUGUAAUCAAUCAACGACUAGGGGCAGGGAAGGAGAAGGGUUGCGACGGGGACGACCAUCGUCGUCAGGGCAUCGAGUCGCGUACACCCGGGGUGAAAAUGAAGGGAGCCAAACGCCAUAUAUUAUAUACGAGUACGUUAUAUUAAUUAGACAGAUGGCUUCAGAACCAUCGCCGUUUGAC